GGUACAACAAACUGCCUUCUUCUCCCCUAGCCUCUAUAUCCAAGGACAAGAAAGAACAGCGAAGAGCAACCUUUUCCUCGGAUCACCCAGGGCAUAUCUCUAGAGUAUUCCGCCAUGGAUCACUCGGGGAUGGGCAACAUGGCCUCCGACGAGAGUUACAGUACCCAUAUGACCUUCUUCUGGGGGAAGAACUCGGAGAUUCUCUUCAGUGGAUGGCCCGGCACCAGGGGCGGCAUGUACGCCCUGGCCCUCGUCGUCGUCUUCUUGCUCGCCGUCUUCGUCGAGUGGUUCAACUUCUGCCGCGUGGUCAGGCCUCGCUGGGGCCAUGCUGCGGCCGGGCUCGCUCAGACGGCCCUGUACGCGGUCCGCGUCGGGCUGGCCUACAUGGUCAUGCUCGCCGUCAUGUCCUUCAACGUUGGUGUAUUGAUCGCCGUGAUACUGGGUCAUGCCUUGGGGUUCCUUCUCUUUGGCAGCUCGGUGUUCCAGGCGCGGAAUUUGUCGACCGAGGGGAAUAAGGGAGACCUUCCUCCCAUCUCUUGUGCUUGCUGAUUUCUACGGCUUCUCGGUGUGCGGGUGAUCUAGUGCUGCCAUAUAUAUAUAUAUAUAUUUAAAUGUUUGGUGUGCUGUUUGAUUGUAAAUUCUGAAUACGCAACUUUAGAUUAUAAUUGUUGCAAAUUUUGUUUGAAAAUAAGGGUGCAGAUGUUAGAUCUCCAGGGUGUUUUCAUCGGAAACCAAUUUUCUUGGGCCUCAGUUUCAUUUGGUUUAUAGCCUAAAUAGUUUGUUAACGUAA